AGAUAAGAAAAAUAAAUAGAGAAAGCGAAGAGAAGGCCAGUGAGUUUUGCGCGUGCGAGAGAGACAGUGGAAAGAAAGGAAAGGGAUGACGCUGGGUCUGAUCAAUGCGAACCCUGUGGUUCACGCCAAGAAAGAGCGAAUCGCUCGUUCCGAUGAUCCUCACGCCGACGACGCCGUUGAUCCUCUCGAUAUCUAUGAUUUCGUGAGGGAUAUUCGGGAUCCCGAACAUCCUUAUUCCUUGGAACAGCUCAGUGUUCUCUCCGAGGAAUCAAUCACCGUUGAUGACAAAUUAGGCCGAAUUCUGAUAACUUUUACGCCGACCGUACAGCACUGUAGCAUGGCCACGGUUAUUGGUCUUUGUCUCAGAGUUAAACUGAAGCACUACUUCCCUCCUCAUUUCAAAGUGGACAUCAAGGUUUCUCCUGGAUCUCAUGCCGACGAAGAAUCAGUCAAUAAGCAGUUAAAUGAUAAAGAAAGAGUCGCUGCUGCCUUGGAGAAUCCCAACCUCCGCCAGCUUGUGGAUGAGUGCCUCUACUCCAAUGAACUGUGAACUAGCAGAUAUGCCUUCAUAAUAAACUAUUGUACAGAGCAUUUUCCAUUUACGAUGCUAUAAAAAGUAGUCAAUAUGUAUGGAGAUAUUGGAAAUUAGUUGGACGGGAUUUACCUUUCAAGAAGCUUUAUCUCUUUGAAGCUCUUUGAUUUUCAGAGGAUGUAUCUUCCCUCUCCUUACCCACUUUACGUUGUGUUUAGCAUGUGGUAUGUAUGUAAAUCAAGUUAGACAUCAUGAUGCCAUAUUUUUUUGUACCUUUCACUAGAGAAUGUGCUGAGUCAGUCUGCUUAGGGGCUGACCCGGUCCUUACACUCAUAGUUCAUGUCAUCCGGUUUAGCAAUGGUUUGGUCGCCAAGAAAAUGUUACUAUUCAAGGAGAAAUUUUCAAAAAAUGGUGGGGUCUCACACCUCCAUAGUACUUUAAUUCAAAUAUUUUUUCUUAAUUUUUUUUUCAUUCAUUUCUCUUCUUAGUGAGUUUAGGUGGGAAAGUAAGCAUCAUUUCUUGUGUGUGACAAAUGAUAAUUAUAUUUGCAGUUCUAUGGCG